CGCUGUGCGGGGCGCUGAGCCUGGUGCUGGGCGCGCUGCUGGGCAGAGUGAUAGAGGGCCGCGGGGUUGCAGACAGCGUGCAGAGAUUCUCCUCCUCGCUGCCGCCCUACCUGCCGGUGAGCUACAGCAUCCGGGGCGCGGACAGCGCCUUCUUCCUGCAGGAAACGCAGCCACAGGACACGCUGCGCAACGCCAGCCUGCACACCAGGGUCGCAUCCUUCUUCACCUACAAGGCCCGGCAGCCCCCGGUGCUGAACGCCAGCUAUGGGCCUUACUGGGCAGAGAAGGUUGUGCCGCUGGAGCUCAUGCUGAACUCCAACCCCUUCGGCCAGAGCGGCAGGUUUACUUUCGGCUGGAAGCUGAAGGCCUCCAUCCUGCGGGAGAAGAUCUACCCCAGCCGUCCCAAGGUGCAGGUCCUCUUCCACCUGGUGGGCCGGGACUGGGACGACGCGAGGCCCUCGGAGAGGCUGCCCUGCCUGCGCGUCUUCGCCUUCCGGGAGACCCGGGAGGUGCGGGGCAGCUGCCGGCUCGCCGGGGACCUGGGGCUGUGCGUGGCGGAGCUGGAGGUCCCGGCCGCGUGGUUCAGCGCCCCGACGGUGGUGUCCGGGAGGAGGAAGGCCGCGGAGCAGCCCGAGGGCAGCCCGGUGGAACUAUACUACUCCGUGCAGCCGGGGGACGCGCGUUGGGACUGCGCCUCCGCGGGGGACCCCAGGGCGGGCAACGCUAUCCGGCCCGGGAAGGACGGCGCCGAGGGGCCCACUUCGCGCCUGCAGAGCCUGGGUCUGGUGCGGCUGUACCGCGCCCCCGACGGUGUGCAGCUCAGGGAGCUGCGACUCGACAGCAACGUGGUCAUCUGGCUGCCGUCGCAGCCGGCCAAGCAGGGGGACGUGGUCACGGCCUAUGUCACUGUCUCCAGCAACUCCACCGUGGAUCUCUUUGUGCUAAGAGCCAAGGUGAAGAAGGGGGUGAACAUCCUGAGCGCUCGGACCAGCGAGCCAAGGCUGUGGGACGUGAAGCAGGAGGUGGGCAAUGGUGGGAAGCACGCCACAACCACGGUGGCCUGCCAGCGCCUGGGCCUGGGCGCACGCAACAGAAGCAGCGGUUUGUUCAGCGAGGUGGUGCAGAUGAACUUCGAAAUCUCCAGCUUCAGCAGCCUGUCGGGGACGCAGCCCAUCGCGUGGCAGGUGGAGUACCCGCGGAGGGGCAGCUCCGACGUCGCCGUGUCCGAGAUCUUCAUCAGCCAGAAGGACCUGGUGGGCAUCGUCCCCCUCGCGAUGGACACCGAGCUCCUGAACACGGCCGUCCUCACGGGCAAGACAGUGGCCACGCCCGUCCGGGUGGUGUCGGUGGAGGAGAACGGCGCGGUGACAGACAUCUCAGAGCAAGUGGAGUGCGCGUCCGCAGACGAAGAUGUCAUCAAGGUCUCUGACCACUGUGACUACGUCUUUGUCAACGGCAAAGAGAUAAAGGGCAAGAUGGACGCGGUGGUGAAUUUCACGUACCAGUACCUGAGCGCCCUGCUGCACGUCACCGUGUGGGUCCCCCGGCUGCCCCUGCAGGUCGACGUCUCUGACACGGAGCUCAGCCAGAUUAAGGGGUGGCGGGUCCCCAUCGUGGCCAGCAAGAGGCCCACGCGGGACAGCGAGGACGAGGACGAGGAGGAGCGGCGGGGCCGCGGCUGUGCGCUGCAGUUCCAGCGCGCCACGGUGCGGGUCCUCGCGCAGUUCGUGGCCGAGGCGGCUGGGCGCUGGGCACAGCCAGGUCACCUGCUCGGCCCCGACUGGCAGUUCGACGUCACGAGCCUGGUGGCGGACUUCAUGAAGCUGGAGGCACCGCACGUGGCCUCCCUGCAGGAGCGCGGCGUCCUGGCCGGGAGGGAGGUCGGGAUGACGACCGUGCAGGUGCUCUCCCCGCUGUCCGACUCCAUCCUGGCAGAGAGGACGGUCACCGUGCUGGACGACAAGGUGUCGGUCACCGAGCUGGCUGUCCAGCUGGUGGCCGGGCUGUCCGUCAGCCUCCACCCCUACGCGGAGCACAGCCGGGCCAUCGCCGCCGUGGCCACAGCUCAGGAGCUGCUGCGCGCCCCCAAACAGGAAGCCGUGGUCAGCACCUGGCUGCAGUUCAGCGAUGGCUCGGUGACCCCUCUGGACAUCUACGACAGCAAGGACUUCUCCCUGGCCACCACCUCCCUCGACGAGGCUGUUGUGUCCGUGCCCCAGUCGCGCUCUCCCUGGUGGCCCAUCGUGGUGGCCGAGGGGGAAGGCCAGGGCCCCCUGGUCCGCGUGGACAUGAGCAUCGCCGAGUCCUGCCAGAAAUCCAAACGCAAAAGCGUGCUGGCCGUGGGCUUCGGCAACGUCAGGGUCAAGUUCGGCCAGAGCGAUGCGGACGCCAGCCCUACGGGGGGCACCGGGGGAGAGGAGGAGGAGGAGAUCAAGAACCACGCCAGUGACCGCAGGCAGAAGGGCCAGGAGGGGCGGCUGCAGAGUGGCCCGGCGGGGGAGCGUGAGGAAGGGGCCCUGCGCAGGGCCACGACCACGGCCAAGGCGCUGCUGGACAACAGGGUGGUGAAGAGCAGCCGGCUGAACGGGCCACGGCUGCCGGGGGAGGAGCCGCUGCAGAGCAUCCCCGUGGACUUCACCAACUUCCCCGCGCACGUGGACCUCCCGAGGGCCGGGGCCGGGCUGCAGGACAGCGACCCGGUGCCCACGGCGCGCGGCCUCAGUGACCUGGAGAUCGGCAUGUACGCCCUGCUGGGGGUCUUCUGCCUGGCCAUCCUCGUCUUCCUCAUCAACUGCGCUACCUUUGCGCUGAAGUUCAGGCAGAAGCAGGUGCCCCUGGAGGGCCAGGCCUCCGUGAGCCACUCGCACGACUGGGUGUGGCUGGGCAACGAGGCGGAGCUGCUGGAGGGCGCAGGGGACCCCACACCAGCGCAGGACGAGCACACGACUGUCAUAGACCACGGCCCAGGGGGCUGCAAGGAGAGUGACCAGCUGCUCAUCAGCAGGGGCAGUGCCCAGCAGCAGGUGCUCGGCCAGGUGCACUGGGCAGUGGAGGGGGGAGGCCGGCAGGAGCCACCGCACUCACCCACCUCCCGGAGGAAGAGGGUCAAGUUCGCCACCUUCCCUGCUGUCCCACCCGACGGCAGCUGCGCUACAGCCAACCCCAUCCUGGGGGGCCUUAAGUGGGUGUGUGGAGGCCUGGGCAUGAGGGCCCCAAAGAACUCCGAAACUAUCUGGAAAAAGUCCAGGGAAGGAGUGGUGCCUCCGUGGGCCCAGGGUAGAGUGCGUCCUGAGCAUCGCAGGUUUGGAAGCCGGGAGGGACGCUCUGGUGUGGAGGUUUUCAGCGGUGAUGGCGGACACCCUCCCACGCCUCCUCCUAGACCGCGGUGGGGCACAGCGGAAACACUGCACCUCACUCAGCAGAACUAGGAAGGUUAUUUUAUGAAUCAACACAUAAUACAGCUACCAAAAAUUAUUUGUUAAAAGAACACACAAAAAAGACAAAGAGACAAAGAAUGACCUGUUUAUGUUUCUUAUAAAGGAGGAAAGCGUGGACACAGGGACUGCCUGGAGACAUUUUCCAUUUCAGUCCAGUGUCCACUCCGUGAGGAUGGCCUUGGACUGUGGAGCUGGGAGAAGCUCCAGGAUGCCGGCGGGCUCUUGGGACAGACCUGGAAAGAAGUUACGUUCUCACCGGAUAAUCGCUUCUCUUCCCAUUCCCCUUGCUGUAACCUCGGCUUCCGUUUGGUUUACAUUUAAUGUUUAUUUCUGAGGACCAAGUGGUAUAUUUUUCCUAAAUGAGAUUAAAUUAUAUUCUAUUCAUUAGAUGAUUUUUUUAAGAAACAAGGCUGAUGAAGUCGCGAUCUCAAUGCUUUUCUAUGUCUUGCCAGCUUUUUUGGUAUUUGGUGGUUUUUUACAAGUAGUGGCAGAGACCCCAUCCCCCACCCCCACAAGGUCAAGGUCAAGGUCAAGGUUGGUGGGAAGGGAGCUGCUUGGAGCUGCCCUUUAGGACGCUGCAGGCAGGGCUUGGUCAGCUCCAAGAAUGACAGUGCCCAAGAGCAAGCCCUCAGCCUGGUCAAAGGUGUUUUGGGGGGGCUUAGGCAGACUUGCUUACUUGGUGGGGCAGUGUUCCCCCAAAACGGGGAGACAGAGUCAUUUGUGAGCGGCACCACCAUGAAGCAGCUUGUUGCAGAGCGCUCCCAGCCGACAUGCAGCGUGUGGAAGGAGAGGGGGCGGGGCGCAGGGACCCCCUCCCCGUCCCCGGAGCCUGGCAGGAGCUGGCAGAGACACCAGCGGUGGUCACUGUUUUUAUUGUUUUUAUUACUAAAAUCAGUGGCUAAGGAAGGGCCCUCAAGCCUUGUCAUCUUGGUUGGACCUUUUUAACACGGAUUUGUAGCCCCUGCUCCAGACGCAAAGGAGAUAUUCAUUUCCACCUGUGAUGCCCCGUGUCAUUAAACUGCUUCCUGGCUUGGC